UUAAGCACUGGCUGGGUCUGCGUGGAUCUGUUGUGCUAUGCAGGGAAGCAGAAGUGGAGUAACAAUUCUGAUUUCAUGUUCACCAGAAUGUCUUUGCCAUCCCAGCCAACCUGUUGAUGAUCAGUGCAGAAAAUGAAGCAUUACUUCACAAGUCCUACCUACCAAAGCCCUCUCAAGCUAUUCUUGAGAGUACUCAAGAUGAUGAGCAAAGUACUGUAUCUUUUUUCAGUGCUGAAUCUGAAAGCCCAGAUGGUUCCUUAGAAAACCCUUGGGAUGAAAUUCCAGGAAUGACUCUGUCCACCUCCAGUGACACAUCUGGUAUAUCACACAGCCUCCCCUGCGCACAGCAGGUGCUCAUGGCUAAUACUGCUGGGGAAGAAGAGACUCCACGCUCCAACAGCUGCACCCCAGAUUUCCUGGAACCUCGUGUUCAUAUGUCCCACUGUAGCUCUGGCCAGGAUGCGCCAAAAGAGACUGUGUCUCCAUUACUACUUCCUUUUCACAGCAGUACAUCUCCCAAGGAAUCUGCCAGUCAAAAAUCCAGCUCUGUUGCAUUGAUCACUGCACGCAGUGUCAGCAAAACUGCAAAUACUGAUGAAACCAUUCCCUGUGGCCCAUCACUGAGGAAUUCACAUUCUCACACUAAUAUGUGCCUUCGCUCUUCUGUCCACUCCCCAAUUCAGAGAAAUAUCUCUCUUGGGUCAUUGUCUGAAAAUAAAGAGGAAGAUCAUAUGGCCCAUUUGCAGAGGGAUCAGACUUCGGUGAGAAGAUCUGGGGAGAAAUUCCUGGACAUAAGCAGGACAUGUGUGGCAGCUAAAAGGAAACAAAUGACUCUAGAUGAGGAGCCUACUGAGACUUUCUCUGGUCUCACAUGUACCAGUCUGAAAGCCCUAGGGCAGCAUACUACCACGGCCUUUCCAGGAUCCAGUAAUAUGGAAUUGGUAGCUAUGAACAUGUCCAAAAAGAGCCGGAUAAAGGAGAUGCAAGUUCAACAGCAUCAGGUAUCAGCCCAAUUUAGAUGCACAGAGGGAGUCCUGGGAAAGGGAAGGGAGCCAGGAGCCUCAAAAGUCAUCACUAGGCCAGAAGAACAGCUUGGAGUUCAACAGCUGGAUCUCAAGAGCAUUGCUGGCAUGGGCAUGCUGGGUUUUCAACAGCACACAGAAAUGAUAGUCUUUGCUGAAGUUCCUUGUUCUUCUCAGCUGUUGCACCCUGGGCCAACAUCUUCAAGAAGUUAUCCACUACGACUCCAGUUUGGAUGCCAUAAGAGUGAGGUUGGGAUUUUAAUGCUUUCCACCAGUUUUCCUGGAACAGAUAGUAAGCUGACCGGGCUGUAAUUUCCUUUCUUCUACUUGGAUCCUUUCUUUAAAAUUGGAGUUAACUUUCCAGUGUUUAGAUAUAGAGGCUGAUCUUAGGGACAAAUUAAGUAUUUUGGUAUAAAACAAGCAAAUUAAUAACUUGACUGGAUGACAUGUGGACCUGUUAUUCUUUUGAUCUUUAAUUUCUGAGUAAGGGCUGGAAUUUUAUCUCUUCUCACCACUAUUUGCCUCAAACUCCUUCCUGACAAGGUUCAUGCACAUGGAUCUGGCCAUUACCUUUCACAAGGAAGACAGAUGCACAACAUUCAUUCAGCUUCUCUGGAAUCUCCUUUUUCUCCUGUAGUACACCUUUGAUUCCCUUGCCAUCAAUAGGUCAAAUUGCCUCCCUAGCAGGUUUCCUGCUCCAGUGUAUUUCUUAUUAUUGCUAGUCUUAAGUUUUAAGCAAUAUGCUCUGCUUUUUUAAUUCCUUCUUGCCUGCUUGUAUUCUUUUGUUGUUUUAAUGAGGAUAAAACUUUUCUGAAAGAAGCCUUAUUUCCUCCAAUAGCUCAGUAGGUUAACUAUGUAGGCACAUUCCUGCCCUUGGUGGUACUUUUCCUUAUAAGCAUUAUACAUUGGAGCUGAGCUUGCUAACUCUAUUUAUUUAUUUAUUUAUAAUAAAUAAAUAACCAAUAAAAAGUAAAGAAACAUUAUAUGGAACCUACUCCAUUUAAGUUUUGUAUUCAUAUUUCCUGUUCAGUUUCUUUAAAAAAAUGAAAUGAGAAUAAAGAAUAUUGAUUGCCUAAGUGUCAAUGGGAUAUUAACAAGCUGAAAUGUGUGCAGAGGGCUACCAAUAUGAUAAAGGAAACCAAGCCUUAUGAGGAACAGUUGAGGGAAUUGGGUAUUUUUAGCCAGGUAAAGAGGAGAGGAGAUAGGAAUAUUUACUGUGAAUAAUACCUUCUUGUGUCAAUGUCAGUUUUGAAUUGAAUUAUAGCAUGGGUCUGUAAUUAUUUUGAACAUUUCCCCAUUUCAUUUAAUUACAAAAUGUUUUAUAUAGCUUACAUGCUUGGUAAAAUGAAAACAAAUUUAGAAAAAAACAGCUCUCAUAGAAAAUAUGUGCGUGCCUUUUUUCCAAAACUGAGCACAAUAACUCAAAUAGUUUGAAAGUUUAAAUAAAACAAAUUUUUACCUUAAAUGUAAAGAAAACCA